UAAAUUUUUCCCACCUUUUCUCCCUUCGUGUCGUCUCUUUCCUUGCGUCUUCUCCAUGUUCUUCUCUUCUGUGUUUUCUUCCAAACUUUCGUGUGCUCUGCCGCUUGAUCUUUGAUGCCGUCAGCUGCGACAGAACCUCUCGCUACCGCUAUCGCCAGUGUGGCGACGACGAAGGAAACGUUGGUGACUUUAGCUUGGUCGCUAGCCAUGCAGAGAAGGAGGAGAGGUCAGAGAAGAGGUCGGAUGUGCUGAACGCGACGGAGACAAAAACGAAUGCGGAGGCGGAGAGGAAAGAGGAGGCAUUGACGGAGCUGAAGCGAGUGGUGAAGGAGUUGCGCGAAGAAGACCUCUCGAUGCAGGUCGCGGCGGAGGGAGUGAGGUCGCUGGCGAAGGAAGAUGUUGAAGCGAGAGCUAAUCUCACAAUGCUUGGAGUAAUUCCUCCUCUCGUCGAAAUGCUCGAUUCGGAAGACGCUCAUUCACGAAUCGCUUUGCUCUAUGCUUUGCUUAAUCUCGGAAUCGGUAACGAUGUAAACAAAGCGACUGUAGUGAAAAUUGACACUGUACACAAGAUGCUAAAACUAAUUGAAUCAAGUGAUUCAAAUUCGUCGGUGGCUGAAGCGAUUGUUGCGAAUUUCCUUGGAUUGAGUGCUUUGGAUUCAAAUAAACCCAUAGUUGGUUCCUCCGGUGCAAUACCAUUCCUUGUUAUCACCCUAAAAAAUUUAGAGGCUAGUAAAACCGUAUCACAAUCCCAAUGGCAAGUGAAGCAAGAUGCUCUGCGCGCUUUGUACAAUCUUUCAAUAUGAUUGUAAAAACUUUCAGUUAUUCUGGAGACUGAUUUAGUUUGGCUUUUAGUUAGCUCGGAAGAGAGCCUCAAGAAUAUUUGA